AUUAAUUAAAAAUAUUUAAUCUUAAUUUUUUAAUUAUUUUUUGAGACAAUUAUUACUAUGUAAAAAAAUAUGAAAUCAAUCAAAUCUUUACUUUAUUUGUUACUUAUUUGUAUUUUAUUAACUCGCUCUAUCCACUAAUGUAGAAAAAUUACAAAAAAUCAGAGUUAGUCAGCUAUACAAAUGCUAGAUGAAGAAACUGAUGAAGAUUAAAGCAGUAAUUCUGACAGUGAUAGCAGCGAAGAAAAUGAAUAAGAAAAAGAUGGUGGUGAUGAUGAUGGUGAAGCAGAUUAAAGUAGUAAAGAGGAUUCUGCUGAAAAAGAAGAUGAAGAUGUAAAAGAAGAAGAGGAACAAGAGAAGGAUGAAAAUGAUAAUGAUGAUAAUUAAAAUGAAGAAUAAGAAGACGAAUAAGAAGAGGAAGAAGAAGAAGAAAAUGAAGAUGAUGAAGAGGAUGAAGAAGAAGAAGAAAAAAAUGAAGAUGAAGAAGAAGAAAAUGAUGAUGAAGAAGAAGAAAAUGAUGAUGAUGAAGAAGAAGAAGAAAAUGACUAUGAUGAAGAAGAAGAUAAUGAUGAUGAUGAAGAUGAAGAAAGUGAUGAAGAAGAAGAAGAUGAUGAAAAUGAAAAUGAAGAUAAAGAAUUAGAAUAAGAAUAAAAAGAAGAUGAUGAAGCUGAAAAUGCAGAAUAAGAUAGUAAAAAGAAUUCAGAAGAAGAAGAUGAAAAAGAUAAUGAUAAUGAUAAUGAUGAAAAAGAUUAAACAGAUCAUGAUAUUAAAGAUAUAGAAGAAAAUGAGGAUGAUGAAAGUGAAAAUUAAGAUGAUAUAUUAAAAGAAAAAAUAUAGAAUUGGUGUAAUGAAAAUAAAAAUUAUGAAGAAUAGGGCAAGUUUGAUGAUAUUAUUAUAAAAGCAGAUUUUUGUUUGAAAUAAAUAGACUUUUAAGUAGAAGAUUAAGAUCAAAACAAAAAGUAGUUUAACAAUGCUAGAAUUUGUAUUAACUAAAUAUAAUAUGAUGACAAUUUAAUAAAAGAAGAUUUUAUGAGAUUAACUUUCUGCUUUUAGUAUGAUUAUCUUAAGUUGUAAGAAUAUGAAUCAUAAGAAAUCUCUCCAGUUGUUAAAACUUGUUUUGAAAAGUAUUAAAUGGAGUAUGAUUAAAUGCAUUUAGCUUUUAUAGAGUAAAUACAAGAGAUGUGUGAAGGAAGCACUAAAUAUUCCAGUAUAGAGUAGUGUGUUUUCUCUAUCUCAGGUUUAGACUCAGCUGAAUAAUAAUAAGGUAUUUCAGUUUAUAAUUGCAUAAAAAAUCGUAGUGAUCAGCAUAAUGAUAUUUAUCCAACAUGCUAUCAAAUGCAUUACAAUUCUUUUGAUGAAGUUCAUGAGUAAUUUAAUGAGUUAGUAGAAUUAAAUUGUAGUGAUGAGUUAGACGAAGUUAUUUAAACAAAAAUAGCUUCUGCUGAAUUAAGCUAAAAAGUAACAAAACUAAAAUAAUGCAUAAAUGAUAUAUAAACUGAGAAUCAAUUACCUAAAGAUUAAUAUCUAGAAGUAGCUGAUUGUUAUUAAAGAGGAUUAGAAGAAUUAUAAUUCAAUUUUUUAUCUAAAAAUUUAAAAAAUGAAAAUAAAGUUUAGUAAAAGACAAAAAGACAUUUUUAAAAAUGA